AUGCAAUCUGGCUUCCAGCCACCUGCCCUAAACUGUCCCCUGUUCCCCCGCUGCCUGGCCUGCCCACCUGUCUGUGGUAAGGAUGCAGUUGUUCACAUCUGCCCUUCUGUGGGCUGGCUGCUCUGCAUUGCAGGGACAGUCGGAGUCGCCGCGGUAACAGCGGGACCUGGGGUAACCAACACCGUGACGGCUGUAAAGAAUGCCCAGAUGGCCGAAUCCCCGGUGCUGCUGAUUGGCGGGGCAGCUGCCACACUGCAGAAGGGCCGGGGUGCUCUCCAGGACAUUGAGCAGCUGUGCCUCUUCAAGCCACUCUGCAAGUUCUGUGCGUCAGUGAGGACUGUGCGGGACAUCGUCCCCACACUGCGAAGGGCCAUCGCGGCAGCACAGUUCGGCACCCCAGGCCCUGUGUUUGUGGAGUUCCCGAUCGAUGUGCUGUACCCAUACUACUUGGUGGAGAAGGAGCUGAGCUUCAAAGAGACCCCUAGAGGGCUGCUGGGUGGAGUCAUCAACUGGUACCUGGGCAACCACCUCAGAAACCUGUAUGCAGGGGCCUGGGAGACAAGGGACUUUUCCCCCCUUCCGGUGCAGGUGCCACAGGCCACAGCAGAGCAGGUGCAGCAGUGUGUGGAGCUGGUCAGCCGUGCCAAGAAGCCUGUUAUGCUCCUGGGCAGCCAGGUGACCCUGCCCCCGACGCCUGUGGAGAAGCUCAGGGAAGCCCUGGAGGCCCUCGGCAUCCCUUGCUUCCUGGGUGGGAUGGCCCGGGGCAUGCUGGGAAGGGACAGCCCACUACAUAUCCGCCAAAACCGCCGAGAGGUGCUGAAGGAGGCUGACCUGGUCAUUCUGGCAGGUACAGUGUGUGAUUUCCGUUUGUCCUAUGGCUGCGUGCUGAGCCGGCGCAGCAUAGUCAUUGCCAUCAACCGGGACCGUGCCCAGAUGCUGCGCAAUUCGGACGUCUUCUGGAAGCCCCGCGUGGCCAUCCAAGGAGAUGCUGGCUCCUUCCUCCUGAGCCUUUCCCAAGGCCUCAAGAGUUACUCACCACCUCAGGACUGGGCAACAAGUCUGAAAGAUGGCGACCAAAGGAAGGAGAAAGCAAACCGAGAGAAAUCAAAAGAGCCCACGGAGCAGCACCUGAACCCACUCAAGCUCCUACACCAUGUGGACAACUUGCUGCCCGAGAACAGCCUGCUGGUGUUAGAUGGGGGCGACUUCGUGGGGAGCGCUGCCUACAUCGUGCGGCCCUGGGGGCCCCUGCGCUGGCUGGACCCGGGAGCUUUCGGGACACUGGGUGUCGGGGGAGGAUUUGCUCUCGGCGCCAAACUCUGCCGGCCGGAUUCUGAGGUCUGGAUCCUCUACGGAGACGGCUCCCUCGGCUACAGCAUCAUGGAGUUUGACACCUUCGUCCGUCACAAGACGCCCGUCAUCGCGCUGGUGGGGAACGACGCCUGCUGGAGUCAGAUCUCCCGUGAGCAGGUCCCCUUGCUGGGCAGCAACGUGGCCUGCGGCCUGGCCUAUGUGGAUUACCACCUGGUGGCGGAAGGCUUGGGAGGGAAAGGUUUCCUACUCAGCCGCCAGGACGAGGCCUGCAUGGACAACAUCGUCCAGGCGGCGCAGGAGGCCUGCAGGGAGGGACACCCCACCCUGAUCAACGCCCUGAUCGGCAGAACCAGCUUCCGGGAGGGCUCCAUCUCCGUGUAGGGCUGGGACCAGGCCCGGCAGCGCUCCCUGCCCACGCCAGGGUGCAGCAGCCUGCCUUGGGCCCCCUACAGACACCUGCACAGUACCCCCUUCGGCGUUUAGUUGAUCAUCCUCCUCGUUCUGGCCCCAGAGCUGCUGCAGACUGACACAGCCACGCCUACCAGGGACUGGGGUCCUAACCCAAGCCCCUCAACAGGUAACCAGUGCCAGGACACUGGCCAGUAGGGAUCAACCUGAAGAGAGCCCCAGGGCAGCAGGGACAAGGAAGCUUCUCUCAGUUCAGCACUGGGCAGGUGCCUACUUCUGUGGGAGAUGGGCAUUGUGCUUUGGCAAGCUCCUGCCAGUAGUGAGAGCAGCUGCAGGGAUCUUGUUCUGGUGACAGCAGGGGGUCUUGCUUUCCAACUGGGCAGCCUAGGGAUGGGCACUGGGGCUGGAUUUCUGAGG